AUGUCGUCGCACUACACGACCGAACCUCCUCCCACCGCUUCAGUCCUCCUCCAUACGACCGCAGGUCCCAUUACGGUCUCUCUAUUCGCGAACCAGACACCCUUGACGACUAGAAACUUCCUUCAACAUGUCAUUGACGGGGACUAUACCGACAACAUCUUCCAUCGCGUAUCUCCAGGCUUCGUCAUCCAGACCGGCGACCCCACAGGUACUGGGGAAGGGGGCCAGAAUAUAUAUGAAGAUCGGGAGAAUGAACGGUAUGACGAGGACUGGGCGAGAGUAACGGGGCGGGAGAAGGAUGAGAAAAUCAGUUUCGGCGAUGAAGUGCACAGUAGGCUCCAUUUCAAUCGGAGAGGGCUGGUCGGGAUGGCGAAAGGCACGGGCGAUGGGCCAGGAGGGUAUGGCAGCCAGUUCUUCAUUACGUUGGGCGACUGUAGGGCCGAGCUGGAUGGUAAAUGCACCAUGUUUGGUCGCGUCGAGGGAGACGGGAUCUACAAUGUGGUCAAGAUUGCCGAGGGCGAACUGGUCGAGGGAACCGAGAGACCUCUCUAUCCCGAGAAGAUCUUGAAAGCAGAGAUCAUCGAACUACCCAAGGGAGAGGCGUGGCAGAAGAUGCGACCGAGAGAGAAGGUCGCCCAGCGCGUCGUGGAGGCUCCGGCCAAGAAGAAAGUCCCAAAGAAGAAGGGCGGAAAGACUUUACUCAGCUUCGGUGGCGAUGAAGGGGACGUGGAUCCCGGCGAUGUCGUUGUCCGGCCGAAAAAGGCCAAGUUCAAUCCUGCAUUGAUCGAUGCCGAUGAUGUGCCAGACGCCGAACCCAAGCGGAACGGCGUCGUCUCCAAGACAGAGACAGUUUAUUCGGACCGUAAAGCGCAAUCUCCAUCGGCUCCGCAGACAGUGCCGCAAAAGCGGAAAGCAAGUCCACCUCCACCACUUGCUGCUUCGACGAUGAGAUCCAACCCGCCAGGAUCUCCAGAGAAUCGACGCAGACCAUCAUUCCACGACCCAACCACCCAACUCCCGCUCAGAGACCCAGAGUCACCUUCCCGUUCUCCCACGCCAGCCGAGGGACCUGCGCCUGGUUCAUCGAGCAAAACAUCCCUCGAGGCUGAGAUAGCGGCACUCAAAGCGUCGAUGCGGAGGAAUGUGACAUCAACCGUCGGCGAAACAACGCGCAAGAAAUCGGCCUUGGAAUCGCUGAUACCCGCAACGAGCACGAGAGGCCGCAAACGGCCCCGGCCAGGUCAGACGAACGCCAAAGAUGACGCCACUGCCCUAGAGAUGUUGAACGCUUUCAAAGCACGACUCGAACAGGUCGACAACAAUGCAAGCAAGGGCGCCUCUGCCUCACCUUCAGCUUCUGCUUCAUCCAAGCCGACCACGAAUGGACAAAACGAGACCCAGGCGCAACCGCAGCCGGUGUCGUCCUCAAAAGACCCCGACGCGGUGGUCAAUUCAAAGCCUCCACCGUCUGCUGUGGCGGACGACGAGGAAGCCGUUCUCUGCGAUCUCCAUUUCAUCGCCAACUGUCAAUCAUGUUCGCGGUGGGAUCAGCGCGGCGGCGCCGAUGCCGACUCCGACGACGAGGCCGGGAGAGAGUGGAUGAGCCAUUCGCUGUCGUUUGCCAAAGACCGCCUCGGCAAGGAUCUGAUGUGGAAGAAGAAGAACGAAGAGGACCUCGUGGUGAUUGAUCCGCGAGAGAAGGAAAAGGAGUUGAAGCUGGGAAGGAAACGUGACAAAGACAAGGACAGGGAUAGGGGAAAAGGCGUUCCCAGAGACAGAGACCGAGAUCGUGAUCGACGGUGGUAG